AUGGAUUGGAAACAAUAUUCUAAAAAUGGAAAAGAAAUGGUAGACUUUAUUGGAGAAUAUUUAGAAACAAUUAGAAAGCGUCGGGUAUUUCCAGACGUAAAACCGGGAUAUAUGAGACAGUUAUUACCAGAAUGUGCUCCACUUAAUGGCGAAGAUUGGGACUCAAUAUUUGCUGACAUCGAGAAAGUUAUAAUGCCUGGUGUGACCCAUUGGCAGUCCCCAUAUAUGCACGCUUACUUCCCGGCACUCAACUCUCCCGCAUCACUAUUAGGUGAUAUGUUAGCUGAUGCUAUAGGAUGUCUUGGAUUUACAUGGGCAUCGAGCCCUGCCUGUACUGAAUUGGAAAUUAUUGUAAUGGAUUGGUUGGCAAAAAUGAUAGGACUUCCCGAUGACUUUCUGCAUAGUAAGUCAGUUACAAACGGCGGUGGAGUUUUACAAACUACCGCUUCUGAGGCUACUUUUACAGCUUUAUUAGCCGCCAGAACUGAAGCUAUUUUACGGAUCAAAGCAGAAGCUGAUUGUAUAGAAGAGUUGGACGACGCAGAAAUCAAUAGUCGUCUUGUGGCCUAUUGUUCAGAUCAGGCGCACUCUUCAGUAGAAAAGGCGGGUCUCAUUGGUUUAGUUAAGAUGAGAUACAUUGAAAGUGACGACAAACUAUCCCUUAGAGGCGAUAAAUUGAUUGAAGCGAUUAAACACGACAGGGAUAGGGGUCUCAUCCCUUUCUAUAUAUGCGUAACAUUGGGCACAACCGGCGCCUGUGCUUUCGAUAAUCUUAUGGAAAUCGGACCAAUUGCUAAAAGUGAAGACAUCUGGAUUCAUGUGGACGCAGCCUAUGCUGGAACUGCUUUUAUUUGUCCAGAAUUUCGAAAAUGGAUGACUGGUAUUGAAUUUGUCCAAAGUUUGGCAUUUAAUCCAUCGAAAUGGAUGUUAACUCACUUUGAUUGCACCGCAAUGUGGGUCCGCAAUAGUUCCGCACUUCACCGCACUUUUAAUGUCGAACCUCUUUAUCUGAAACAUGAAAAUAGCGGACAAAGAUUAGCAAUGGAUUUCAUGCACUGGCAAAUAUCAUUAAGUAAAAAAUUUAGAAGUUUGAAACUUUGGUUCGUUAUCAGAAAUUAUGGCGUAAAAGGACUGCAACAACACAUAAGAAAAGGGAUCAAAUUGGCCGUUACUUUUGAAGAACUCAUACGAAGUGAUACCCGAUUUGAAAUACCGGCCGAACGUCACUUAGGACUCGUUGUUUUCCGACUUAAGGGUAAUAAUGAACUGACAGAAUGUUUGCUCAAGAAGUUGAAUUCAAGCGGACGUCUCCAUUGUGUGCCGGCCUCUCUAAAAGGCACUUAUGUUAUCAGAUUUACGGUAACAUCUUCUCAGACAACUAUGGCUGAUAUACAGCGCGAUUUUGCCAUUAUUAAGGAUACGGCUAAUCAUGUACUCAAAGCUUAUGGCAUUCCUGAGAACAGAAUUAGUCGCGCAAUACCUUUGGCCGAAAUCAAGAAGAGAAAGCCUGGUUUUGGCACAAGUCUAUUGCUGUCUAACAGUCCUAUGACACCAAAGAUAAUUAAUGCCAGUUUUGUAGCCAUCUUUGAUCAACAAGAGUUGGCACAAGAAUUUGUCCGACACUUUGGCAAACAUAUGGAUUUGAGUGAAAACUGCAACAGUCCUCAAUUGAGAAGAAAAAUUAAAGGUCUGAUGCUAACAGACAAACAGCACAGUUUGGACUCAAGAAUGGACUUAAUGAACACAAUUAUGGCUACGUAUGACAUAAGUGACAAAACAAAUAGUCAAAAGACUGGACCGAAAACUCCAAGAAGUCGUCAUUUUUCGUGUUCAUCAAGUGUUGAGUCGUUGCCUGGAAAUUCAAUUGAAGAAAUGGAUGAAAAUGGAGAGCUAUUUGUAUCUCAAACAAAAUCUGAUGAUAACAACACAUCCACUGAUCGUCUUCACUCAUCAAAGAGUCAAUAA